AUGAGAACGAUUCAGGGUUUAUUAAUUGAUGGGAAAGAUGGAGAUGAAUAUUUAAAACAGUUAAGUUUUAAUAGAGAUAUUGCUUUAGACUUAGAAAGCUCCUUCAAAGAAUCUAUGCGCACAUUCCCUUUAAAAUAUUCUUAUGUAUAUGGGAAAACAGUAAGAAGUUUAAGAGAUUCCUCUAUUAUGGAUUGUUUUACUGUGAUGAAUGAUUUUUUAUGUCAAUUUUGUCAUCAUUUAUGUAAGGAUGAAAAAUGUGCUACACAUUUAAAAUUUUUUAAUCGUUUACUUAGUAAGCGUAAGGAAGAUGUAAAUUUUUCUGAACAGAUAGAUUUUGAAUAUUUGAGUUCUUUGGUUAGUAAAUUGAAUGAAAGAUUAGAUGAAUUAAUAGAGCAAAAAACUAGUAGACUAUUUAUGAGAAUAAAUGUUGAACCAAAUAAUGAAACAAAAUGGAUGAUAGCUUUUAUUGUAUACGUACUUGAAACAGAUAGUUCUAAAAAUGAAUUUAUGUUAGAGAGACUAGAAGCUUUGUUGAAGGGAGAAUUUAAGAAUCAAAUUUUGGAUAAUAUACAUAAAUCAUUUUUACAAGAACAAGAAGAUAUAAAAAAAUCCUCAGAUUUAUUUAAAGAAUAUGUACAAAAUAAAUAUAAUAUUGAUGUGAAUAGUGAAGGUAUUAGGUCAGCGGUAAAAAGCCUUCAUGAUUUACUUAAUGAAGAAACAAUUAAGGAAGUAUUUAAUGCUAUUGUAUACUCAUUAUUGUAUAAGAAACAACUAAAUGAAUAUUCAAGAUUUAUAGAAUUACUUAAAUCAAAAAGCAUAAAGUUACCCUUUGGUAAAUCUGGAAUUAUUUCAAGGAAUAAAUAUAAAGAUUUGAUGUCAAAAUAUUUGAAUAUUUAUGAAAAAAAGCCUUUUUUUUAA